AUGGGAUACCGAAAAUUAUUCUUGAAAGAAUAUGUGGAAACCAAAGAUUCCGAUCAAACCCUCGUACGAGAUUAUAAAAGGCUUGUCUUGAUGCUGGUUCGGCAAUUCAAUGCUGAAAAUAUUUCCAAUUUAUCGACAGUAGCAGCACCUGGUGAUAUUCAAAAUGUUUCAGGAUCGGAUCCAGUUUAUCAUAUUGAAAUUAAUGAGUAUAAUCCUAAUACAACAUCUACACCUGAAACUCCAGCAGUCUUUACAAGUACUUCAAAAUUACAUAGUGUUCGCUUUUCUUCGGAAGAUGUCAUUCAAGAUCAUACCAAUCUUUUGAAUUAUGAAAAUAAUUGUUUCAAGUAUCUCAACAAGAGUAGUGAAGAAGAGGAUCAAACGGAAACUCAAAAUGCUGUUUUUAAUCUAGUUCCUCCAUCUCUCACUUUGGACUCUCUUGACAAGUUGUAUUUUGUACUGAAUAAUCAAACACUAGUAACCAAUAGAAAUUUCAAAGAAUUAGUUUGUGAGAAAUUGAAAAGAUAUAUCAAGUCUAGCAAGGUUGUUGUUCAUGGUGAGAUUUUGAAAAGUGGCGAUUUUAUUAUUCGAAUUGGAGUUAUUACUCAGAACGUAAAAAGAAGAGGAAUUUUAAUCGAUAUUGAAUUUGCUCCAUGUGGAUAUUGUUACAUUUCAGAGACGGUCAUCAAAGAAUUUAUGUCAACAUUUAUUGAUAUGGAUGGAACUUCUACAACUACCAUUUCACAAAAUGUCAAAUUUAAGCUAUCAGAACUUUAUACUCAAAACUUUGACUAUGCAGAUUUUAAUCUAAGUGCAACGUAUUAUUCUCUGACUCAUCAUGCAGUUCAACUGGUGAGAUUACUGGCUGAUUGUGGAAUUUUGAAAUUAACAGCAGAAAUACAAGCAACUCAAUAA